AUGGAAAACAUGAAUAUUUUUUUGUUUUAUGGAGGGACAAAAUCAUUAAAAGCUAUGGUGUCUUCAGCUGUGAUGCAAAAGAAUGAAGGCUAUGGUUGGUUAAGCAAGGUGAAUAAGAAGUAUUUACUCUCUCCUGGACAUUUGACCAUACUUCAUGGAAUUCGAAAGGAUCGAAGGCGUAAACAGAUUAGGAAAUCACAGUCAACUACUAAUUUCAAAAGAAAAAGACUAACAAUAAAGUCCAAGAAAUUGAAAGAUAAUCAGCGAGAAUCAGUAAAAGAGGGAGACACCUAUGGAGGAGAAAUAGAAGUGCAAGAACAUAUUGACACAGAAACUAUUCCAUCGAAGAUGAAGUUUGGAGGAGAAGAAGCAGUAGUAGUUUUUGAUUUAGAAACAACAGGAUUAUCAAGGAAGUCUGAUAUAACUGAGCUGGCUGCAUUUGAUGGAACCACUGUUUUUAAUGAGUACGUAUCACCUAGGGAGGUUAUUUCACCCAAAUCAUUAGAAAUAACAGGAUUGACUUUUGAUUUUUCUUGUGAUCAGAUGUACCAUCAUGGUAAACCAGUUAAAAGCAGAGACAUUCAGAUUGUACUCCUGGAAUUUAUUGAGUUUAUAAGCAAAAAGAAGAAACCAAUUCUUUUCGGUCACAACAUUGCUUCGUUUGACAUUCCCAUAUUGAUGAACAAACUACGUCAGCACAGUCUUCUUUCAGAAUUCAUGUUACAUAUUUAUGGGUGCAUUGAUACAAUAAAAUUGGCAAGAAGGAAAUUCAAAACUAAAGACAUUGGAAAUCAUAAACAACAAACAUUGGUCACAAAAUUACUGGGCGUAGAAUAUGAUGCUCACAAUGCAUGUGCUGAUGUCACAAGUCUAUUUCAACUUCUUGCGCACUUUGAAUAUUCAGAAAAGGAUGUUUUUCCAUUCAAUUCAGCUUUGCUAACAGAUUCUUACAUUCCCUUGAUAAGGGCCUCACGCAUCACCAAGCUAACAGCUAGAAGAUUAGUAAACAGUGGACUUUGUCUGAAACAUCUACAGUUAGCAUUUAACAGAGACAGUGAAAAUGGCCUCAAAUCUAUUUUGUUAGAGCAUGGCUUUAAUGCCAAAACAGUCACAUGUUUUACUAAAUAUUUUACAUGUACUGAGGAAUAACUUGUUAUUGAUGUAACACACAUGUACCACUAAAUCAUAGAAAGUUACAUUCAGUUGCGUAGGAAAAUUUUAUUGGUUAGUAUUCAGUGAUGGUUAGUUUCUUACAUGCAAUGUAUAAUGUACAGGGUCAUCUUUUUCUAUAGAACUAGUACUGGACAGGAUACAACCUUACUCAUGCUAAAUAUGGAAAAAAAAGAUGUGGUAUUAUUGCCAAUGACACAACUUUCCACAAGAGAACAAAAUGACACACAAAAUUAACAACAAUAUGUCACUGUACCGCUUUCAGCAAUGAGCAAAUCCCAUACCACAAAAUCAGCUAUAAAAAGGCCCUGAAAUGUCAAUGUAAUACAAUUCAAUGGGGAAAACUAACAGUCUAGUUUAUGUACAAUUUAAAAAUGAUUGAGAAACCAAUAUGUACAUGUAACACAUAAACAAACGUCAACCACUGAAUUACAGGCUCAUGAGUUAGAACAGGCACAUUAACACACAAAAUGUGUCAAAGAAAGUAUAUUUUAUUUGAAAAAAAAAUAAUUCUGUACAAUUCUUUGAAAAGUGCAAAUUUAACAAGGACUGUUUAGGAAAAUCAAUGGUGGUAUUACAUCUAUAGGUGACCAGAUUGUAUUGGCACAACCAUUUUAUGAACAUAACAUGGUAUUCAGAAUUGAGAUUACGACUAAUCAGGUUCAUAUGAGUGCAUGUUAUUUUUUUAUUAUUAGAACUCACAGUUAUUAUGUACUUUGUGUUAGGAGUACCACAGAUUUUUAACUGGAAUUUGCUUUGUUUGUAAUUAUGUUUACAUGUAAUGCUUUAUUGAUAUGCAAAGAAAAUAUUAA